UGAACCAGAGUUGUGACGUAGCAUCUGCGACUCUUUUCAAUGCGCAUGUCAGCGUCUGUGCGGCGCAUGUUGAUGACACUGGAGCGACAUGGCGGUGUUGUUGGAAACAACGUUAGGGGAUAUCGUGAUCGAUUUAUACACAGAAGAAAGACCGAAAGCUUCGCUGAACUUCCUGAAACUGUGCAAAAUCAAGUAUUACAACUAUUGUCUUUUUCACAAUGUUCAGAGAGAUUUCAUCAUUCAGACGGGUGACCCCACCGGCACGGGGCGAGGAGGAGAGUCUGUGUUCAGUAAACUGUAUGGCGAUCAGGCGCGCUUUUUUGAAUCUGAGAAGAUGCCUAGGAUCAAGCAUAGAAAGAAAGGAACAGUGUCUAUGGUAAACAACGGCAGCGACCAGCAUGGAUCUCAGUUUCUGAUCACCACGGGAGAGAAUGUGGAUUAUCUGGAUGGUGUUCACACUGUGUUUGGAGAGGUCACGGAGGGUAUGGACGUGCUCACUAAAAUCAAUGAGACCUUUGUAGACAAUGACUUCAUCCCCUACCAGGACAUCAGGAUUAAUCACGCAGUGAUUCUGGAUGACCCGUUUGAUGAUCCUGCGGGCCUCCCGGUUCCAGACAGAUCGCCUGAACCCACUAAAGAGCAGCUGGACAGUGGUCGGAUUGGAGCAGAUGAGGUGAUAAACGAUAACGAGGGGAAGGAUGCUGAGGUGCUGGAUGAACUCAUAAAGGAAAAGGAAGCAAAGACACAAGCCAUUUUACUGGAGAUGGUGGGUGAUCUGCCAGAUGCAGAAAUUAAACCUCCAGAGAACGUGCUGUUUGUCUGUAAACUGAACCCUGUUACCACAGAUGAAGAUCUAGAGAUCAUCUUCUCACGUUUUGGCCUCAUUAAAUGUUGUGAGAUCAUCCGAGACUGGAAAACAGGAGAAUCUUUGUGCUAUGCAUUUAUCGAGUUUGAAAAGGUGGAGGACUGUGAAAAAGCGUUCUUCAAAAUGGACAAUGUCCUGAUAGAUGACCGUCGCAUUCACGUGGACUUCAGCCAGUCGGUGUCUAAGAUAAAAUGGAAAGGCAAAGGUGGGAAAUACACUAAAGAUGAUUUUAAGGCCUACGAGAAAGAACUGGACAACAAAUCCAAACUGGCUUUGAAAGACAGUGUCAAGACCAAGCAGGACUCCCGUUAUGAGCUUCUCUUAGAUGAAGAUGAGGAUGAAAGAAGGAAGGACGACAGAGAGAAAAGAGACUGGAAACAUCAUUCAGACGAGAGGCCCAAGGACAAAAAAUCAAAGGAUCGUGAUGAGAGUCGGAGAGAAAAGGAUAAAGGCAGACAGCGUUCACGUUCAAGAGACAGAGAGAGAUACAAGGAGCGCGAGAGGGGCUGGGACAAGGAUAGAGAGAAGGAGAAACAGAGAGACCGAGGCAGAGAGAGAGACAGCGAUCACAAACGCCACAGACGAGAUCGCAGCCGCAGUCGAAGCCCUAAGAGGUCGAAGUAUUACAGCUGACCACCACGACUGUUACCGUGUGUCAACAGAGCGGCUUUCCUAACAACUUCCUGAUUUCAGCUAUGUGCAAUGUAAAAAACGAAAAGAAAAAAAAAAACCUGUAUGAUUCAUUUUUGUACAUGAAAAGAAAAAUCAGUCAAUUUAUUGGUGAAGUUUGCUUUGCAAAGGUUUGUAAAGUUGUUAAUGCAUACAUAUGGAUUGACAGCAGCCUUUAGUGUACUCCGGGGCUUUUAACUUCUCAGAUAAGCUUUUAGUUCAGUGCAGAAACCUCUGUUCGUUUGUGCUUUUCAGAGCCUUACUCUGGAAUACACUUACUGUAUUUAGCAAGUCAAAAGGAAAAAUAUAGAAAUAAUUUUCUUUUUCAUCAAGUUUCAUUUCUGUUACUACUUGGUUUUAAAUAAAGGUGAUAAUAGAAUAAGAUCAGUGAUAGGGUUGUGGUAAGCUUAGGCAAUUAAGUCGUUACAAGUGGGCUAAUUUCUUGUUGGUUCAUGUUUUGACAGAAAUAUUUCAGCAUCUGAACUUCAGUCAUGAGCUGCCUGUCACUUUACAAAUGCUGCUGUGGUGAAGGAUUAGCUCAUGGAUAUUCAUUUGGAUAAUUCAUGUAAAGUGGGCCACUUUUUGUAAAAUUUCAAAUUUAGGGAUUUUUUUAUUCUAUCACCUUCAUUAACAUUACGGUCCAGCUAUUUGCAUUUGAAUUAAGUUCAUAUAAUGUGUUAUUUGGAAGGUGUAACCCAAUACAUAGUCAUGGCCAAAAAUAUCGGCACCCUUGGUAAAUAUGAUCAAAGGCGGCUGUGAAAAUUAAUCUGCAUUAUUAAUCCUUUUGAUCUUUUAUUUUUUUUUAAGUCAUAAAAAUCUAACCUUUCAUUGGAUAAUAAGAAUGUAAAAUGGGAGGGAAUAUCAUUAUGAAAUAAAUGUUUUUCUCAAAUACACGUUGGACACAAUUAUUGGCAGCCCUAGAAAUUCUUAUAAGUAAAAUAUCUCUGUAGUAUAUUCCCAUUCAUAUUCACAAUUUUGAGCACUCCAGGGUGAUUAUGAACAUGAAAUUAUCCAGCCAUGGCUUCCUGUUUCACAGAAAUAUAAAUAGGAGGUAAAACAAAGCCCAAUUUCCCUUAAUCAUCCAUCAAAAUGAGAAAAACCGAAGAAUAUAUUUCUGAUGUGCAGCAAAAGAUAAUUGAGCUUCACAAAUUAGUGAAGUGGCUUUAAGAAAAGAGCUAGAGCAGUGAAAAUUCCCAUUUCCACCAUCAGGACAAUAAUUAAGAAUUUCCAAUCAACAUAAAAUGUUACGAAGCUGCCUGGAAGAGGACGUGUGUCUAUAUCGUCCUAAUGCACGGUGAGAAGGAGAGUUUGAGUGGCUAAAGACUCCAAGGACCACAGCUGGAGAAUUGGUCUCGGGGUCAGAAAACCUUUAAAAAAUUGUCAAACAGCACCUACAUCAGUACAUGUUGUUCUCCUCGCUCAUCCAAAAACAAACUCCAGCAUAUUCAGUUUUCAGACAUGACUGGAACGUCAAAUGGGACUGGCUUCUAUGGUCAGAUGAAACUAAAAAUGAGCUUUUUAGCAGCAAACACUCAAGAUGGGUUUGGUGAACACAGGAAUAAAAAGUAGCCCAUGUGUACAAUGAAAUAUACUGCUGUAUUUUUGAUGUUGUGGGCCUAUGUUUCUGCUGGAGGUCCUGGACAUCUUGUUUAGACACAUGGCAUCACUGAUUCUAUCAAAUACCAACAGAUAAAAAAUUAAAAACUGAAUGUCCAUGCUAGAAAUCUUAUAAUGGGCCAUGUUUGGAUCUUCCAACCGUACAAUAAUCCAAACACAAACCUCAAAAACAACACAAAAAUGGGUCACUGAGCACAAAACCAAGCUUCUGCUGGCCAUUCCAGUCCUCUGACCUGAACCCUGUAGAACAUGAGUGAACUGAAGAGAAGCAGCAGCAACAUGGAGCUGUGAAUCUAAAGGGUCUGGAGUGAUUCUGGAUGAAGGAAUGGUCUCUGAUCUCUCGUCAGGUGUCUCUAACCUCAUCAGGCAUUAUAGGAGAACAUUUAGAGCUGUUAAACUGGCAAAAAGUAUUGCAUAAAAGGGUGCUGUUAAUUGUGGCCAAUAUAUUAGAGAAAAACAUUUAUUUCAUAAUGAUAUUUUCCCCCAUUUUAAAUUCUUAUUAUCCAAUGAAAGGUUAAUUCAAAAAGAUUAACAAUGCAGAUUAAUUUUCUCAGCCUUCUUUGGCCAUGACUGUAUUUUGAGAUGCACUACAGAAAAAUUUAUUUUCAGUAAAAGUGGGUUGUCUCAAAUUAUCUCAAAUGAUCCUGUAUUCUAAUUGGAAAUUAAGAAUUAUUAUUAUUAUUUUGUUUAACAACACAUUAACAAACAAACACAUUAAAAAACAUUUAACACAGCCUAGGGUAUGAUUAAAAUUCAGAGGUUUCAUGCCUGAAAUACAAAACAAUUCAGAAUGUGCUGUGUUAUCAUUAAAUUAAUGAAAUCUAACAGAAGUUUGAUUAAAUCAACUGUACAACAUUAAAACUGUAACAUGCAACAACAGUAGGCUAAACAAAAAUAAAAAAUAAGAGGAACAAUUAAAAUGUAAU